UUGCAAAGCUGGGGUCUUGGAGUGCUUCCUCUACCAAAGCCAGCCCUGGGCCUUUGGGCUGACGAGUAGGCGUCAGAUGGAGUUUCUUCUCGCCAUGCUCGAGUGCUAAGCUAUGUUCCGGGAGCUCAUGGUUCCCAGUGGAGGCAAUCUGGAAGAGAGGAUCUCUUACUUGGAAGACGAGCGAGACUGAGCAGCAAAGAAUAUACGUUCUUCCUCGAAAAGAAUGAAAAGAUGGAAUUCCCCUUGGGGUCCCUGGAAACGACCCACUUCCGGAGGUUCACUCCAGAGUCCCUGGCUGAGAUUGAGAAGCAAAUUGCUGCCCAUCGGACAGAAAAGAAAAUCAGAGAUAAACACAGGGAACAGAAGGACGAAGAAGAGAAACCUCGGCCCCAGCUGGACUUGAAGGCCUGCAAUCAGCUGCCCAAGUUCUACGGUGAGCUCCCAGCGGAACUGGUCGGGGAGCCCCUGGAGGAUCUAGACCCUUUCUACAGCACACACCGGACAUUUAUGGUGCUGAACAAAGGGAGGACCAUUUCCCGGUUUAGUGCUACUCGGGCUCUGUGGCUUUUCAGUCCCUUCAACCUUCUCAGAAGAACAGCCAUCAAAGUGUCUGUCCACUCGUGGUUCACUUCAUUUAUUACAUGCACUAUUGUGGCCAAUUGUGUGUGCAUGACUCAAGGUGACCUUCCAGAGAAAAUUGAGUACGUCUUCACUGUGAUUUACACCUUUGAAGCCUUGAUAAAGAUACUGGCAAGAGGGUUUUGUCUGAAUGAGUUCACCUACCUGCGAGAUCCCUGGAACUGGCUAGACUUUAGCGUCAUUACCCUGGCGUACAUGGGCACAGCAACAGAGCUGAAAGGAUUCUCGGGCUUGAGGACUUUCCGAGUACUUAGAGCUUUAAAAACAGUUUCCGUGAUCCCAGGGCUAAAGGUCAUCGUGGGGGCUUUGAUCCACUCGGUAAGGAAGCUGACUGACGUGACUAUCCUCACCGUCUUCUGCCUGAGUGUCUUCGCCCUGGUGGGCCUGCAGCUCUUCAAGGGCAACCUCAAGAACAAAUGUGUCAGGAAUAGCACGACUGCCCUGCAGGCCACCAACUGUUCAUCUAGAACAUAUGAGUAUGCUAUUAAGCCAGGAACUUCUGAUCCCUUACUGUGUGGCAACGGAACUGGUGCAGGCCUGUGUCCCGAUGGUUAUAUCUGCCUCAAAACCUGUGACAACCCAGACUUUAACUACACCAGCUUUGAUUCCUUUGCUUGGGCUUUCCUCUCCCUGUUCCGCCUCAUGACGCAGGAUUCCUGGGAACGCCUGUACCAGCAGACCCUCAGGGCCUCUGGGAAAAUAUACAUGGUCUUUUUCGUGAUUGUCAUCUUCCUGGGCUCCUUCUACCUGGUCAACUUGAUCUUGGCUGUGGUCACCAUGGCAUACGAAGAGCAGAACCAGGCCACCAUUGCUGAAAUUGAAGCAAAAGAGAAGAAGUUCCAGGAGGCCAUGGAGAUGCUUCGGAAGGAGCAAGAGGUGCUGGUGGCACUGGGGAUGGACACAGCCUCUCUGCACAGUGGCUCCCCAUUAGCCUCCAAAAACGCUGGUGAGAGAAGGCACAGAAUGAAGUCGAGAGUGUCAGAUGGCUCCACUGACGACAACAAAUCACCGCAGUCAGAGCCUUACAACCAGCGCAGGAUGUCUUUCCUAGGCCUUGCUUCUGGGAGACGUCGGGCCAGCCACGGCAGCGUGUUCCACUUCCGAGCCCCUGGCCAAGAUGUCUCAUUCCCUGAUGGAAUCACAGAUGAUGGACUCUGCCAUGGCGACCACGAAAGCCAUCGGGGCUCCCUGCUGCUGGGCAGGAAUGCGGGACAGCAAGGUCCCCUCCUCAGGAGCCCACUGUCUCAGCCCCCCAACCACGGAUCCCAGCAUGGAGAGGAGGAACGCCCCACACUGCCCGCUGUGGAACUUCCCCCGGGGCCCCCUGAAGUCGUGGCACUUGAUGCAGGACAAAGGAAGGCUUUCUUGUCAGCAGAAUACUUGAAUGAACCCUUCCGAGCCCAGAGAGCAAUGAGUGUCGUCAGUAUCAUGACCUCUGUCAUCGAGGAACUCGAGGAGUCUGAACACAGGUGCCCAGUCUGCCUGACCAGUUUGGCUCAGAAGUAUCUGAUCUGGGAGUGCUGCCCCACAUGGGUAAAGCUCAAGGCGGUUCUCUUCGAGCUGGUGACAGACCCCUUCGCAGAGCUCAUCAUCACCCUGUGCAUCGUGGUCAACACAGUCUUCAUGGCCAUGGAGCACUCCUGUAUGAGCCCCGCCUUCGAAUCCAUGCUGCAGAUUGGCAACAUCGUCUUCACCAUAUUUUUUACUGCCGAAAUGGUCUUCAAGAUCAUUGCCUUUGACCCCUACUAUUACUUCCAGAAGAAGUGGAACAUCUUCGACUCCAUCAUCGUCACUGUGAGCCUGCUGGAGCUGAGUGUGGUCAGGAAGGGAAGCUUGUCUGUGCUGCGGACCUUCCGCUUGCUGCGGGUCUUCAAGCUGGCCAAGUCCUGGCCCACCCUGAACACGCUCAUCAAGAUCAUCGGCAACUCGGUGGGGGCACUGGGGAACCUGACCAUCAUCCUGGCCAUCAUCGUCUUCAUCUUCGCUUUGGUUGGCAAGCAGCUCCUCGGGGAGGCCUACUGCAACCAUCAGGCAAAGCUGACGUUGCCGGGGGACAAGGAGCCCCGCUGGCACAUGAUGGACUUCUUCCACUCCUUCCUCAUCGUCUUCCGGAUCCUCUGUGGGGAGUGGAUCGAGAACAUGUGGGCCUGCAUGGAGGUUAGCGAGAAACCCAUCUGCCUCAUCCUUUUCUUGACCGUGAUGGUGCUGGGGAACCUGGUGGUGCUCAACCUGUUCAUUGCCCUGCUGCUGAACUCUUUCAGUGCCGACAACCUCACAGCACCCGAGGAUGAUGGGGAAGUGAACAACCUGCAGGUGGCCCUGGCCCGCCUCCAGGUAUAUGGCCACCAAUCCAGGCAGGCCCUUCGCAGCUUCUUCUGCAGGCCCUGCCUCCUCCCCAGGCCCAAGGCGGAGCUGCAGCUGCCAGCAAAACCCCAGCUGUCCAGCCCCAAGGCCGAGAACCACAUUGCUGCUGAGGCAGCCCCAGGGAGCCCCAGAGCACUGCCGCCUCUCAGGGCCCCCAGGGAUGAACGCAGUGACCUUAUCACUGAUCCUAACUUGUGGGUCUCUGUGCCCAUUGCGGAGGGCGAAUCUGAUCUCGAUGACUCAGAGGACGAUGGAGAGCAGGAUGCUCCAAGCUCGUGGCAGGAAGUGACUCCAGAAGGACAGCAGGAGCAGCUGCAGCAAGCUGGGAGGUGUGAGAACCACCCGACACCCAGGAGCCCAGGCUCUGGGGCAUCCUCUGAGGACCUGGCUCCAUUCCUGGGUGAGAAGUGGAAAGGCGAGGGGACUCCCCCAGUUCCUGCAGAGAGGGUUGAAGACACAAGCUCCUCAGAGGGCAGCACGGUGGACUGCCCGGAUCCUGACGAGAUCCUGAGGAAGAUCCCGGAGCUGGCAGAUGACCUGGAAGAACCCGAUGAAUGCUUUACAGAAGGCUGCCUUCGCCACUGUCCCUGCUGCAGAGUGAACACCACCAAGUUUCCAUGGGCCAUGGGCUGGCAGUUGCGUAAGGCCUGCUAUCGCAUCGUGGAGCACAGCUGGUUUGAGAGCUUUAUCAUCUUCAUGAUCCUGCUCAGCAGUGGGUCUCUGGCCUUUGAAGACUGUUACCUGGACCAGAAGCCCAUGGUGCAGGCACUGCUGGAGUACACUGACAGGGUGUUCACCUUCAUCUUUGUGUUCGAGAUGCUGCUCAAGUGGGUGGCCUAUGGCUUCAAGAAGUACUUCACCAAUGCCUGGUGCUGGCUGGACUUCCUCAUUGUGAAUAUCUCACUGAUAAGCCUCAUAGCGAAGAUCCUGAAAUAUUCUGAUAUGGCAUCCAUCAAAGCCCUUCGGACCCUCCGCGCCCUGCGGCCUCUGAGGGCUCUGUCUCGAUUCGAAGGCAUGCGAGUGGUGGUGGAUGCCCUGGUGGGUGCCAUCCCAUCCAUCGUGAACGUCCUCCUCGUCUGCGUCAUCUUCUGGCUCAUCUUCAGCAUCAUGGGCGUGAACCUCUUCGCGGGCAAGUUUGGGAGGUGCAUCAACCGCACCGAUGAAGAAUUUGAUCUUGUGAAUUGGACAGUUGUGAAUAACUUGACUGAAUGCACGCAUCAAAACCAUACUGGCAGCUUCUUCUGGGUCAAUGUGAAAGUCAACUUCGAUAAUGUUAUGAUGGGUUACCUCGCACUUCUUCAGGUGGCAACUUUUAAAGGCUGGAUGGACAUUAUGUAUGCGGCUGUCGAUUCCCGAGAUGUCAACAGUCAGCCGAAGUGGGAAGACAACGUGUACAUGUACUUGUACUUUGUCAUCUUCAUCAUCUUUGGUGGCUUCUUCACACUGAACCUCUUUGUUGGGGUCAUAAUUGACAACUUCAAUCAACAGAAAAAAAAGUUAGGGGGCCAGGACAUCUUCAUGACAGAGGAGCAGAAGAAGUACUACAAUGCCAUGAAGAAGCUGGGCUCCAAGAAGCCCCAGAAGCCCAUCCCUCGGCCUCUGAACAAGUACCAGGGCUUUAUCUUUGACAUCGUGACUAGACAAGCGUUUGACAUCAGCAUUAUGGUCCUCAUUUGCCUCAACAUGGUCACCAUGAUGGUGGAGACGGAUGAGCAGAGUGAAGAAAAGACAAGAGUGCUGGGCAAAAUCAACCAGUUCUUUGUGGCCAUCUUCACUGGCGAAUGUGUCCUGAAGAUGUUCGCCCUGAGGCAUUACUACUUCACCAACGGCUGGAAUGUGUUCGACUUCAUUGUGGUGCUUCUCUCCAUUGGGAGUUUGAUAUUUUCUGCAAUUCUUACAUCACUUGAAAAUUACUUCUCCCCAACGCUCUUCCGAGUCAUCCGCCUAGCCCGGAUCGGCCGCAUCCUCAGACUGAUUCGGGCAGCCAAAGGGAUCCGCACACUGCUCUUCGCCCUCAUGAUGUCCCUGCCCGCUCUCUUCAACAUUGGGCUGCUGCUCUUCCUCGUCAUGUUCAUCUACUCCAUCUUUGGCAUGGCCAGCUUUCCCCAUGUGAAGGCAGAGGCUGGCAUCGAUGACAUGUUCAACUUUAAAACCUUUGCCAACAGCAUGCUGUGCCUCUUCCAGAUCACCACGUCAGCCGGCUGGGAUGGCCUCCUGAGCCCCAUCCUCAACACAGGGCCCCCCUACUGCAAUGGCACGAGAGGAGACUGUGGGAACCCAGCUGUGGGCAUCCUCUUCUUCACCACCUACAUCAUCAUCUCCUUCCUCAUUGUGGUCAACAUGUACAUCGCAGUGAUUCUGGAGAAUUUCAAUGUAGCCACAGAAGAGAGCACCGAACCCCUGAGUGAAGAUGACUUUGACAUGUUCUAUGAGACCUGGGAGAAGUUUGAUCCAGAAGCUACCCAGUUCAUUACCUUUUCUGCCCUCUCAGACUUUGCAGACACACUUUCUGGCCCUCUCCGAAUCCCAAAACCAAAUCGGAAUAUAUUAAUCCAGAUGGACCUGCCCUUGGUCCCUGGAGAUAAGAUCCACUGUCUGGACAUCCUUUUUGCUUUCACCAAGAAGGUGCUGGGAGAAUCUGGGGAGUUGGACACUCUGAAAGCAAAUAUGGAAGAGAAGUUUAUGGCAACUAAUAUUUCAAAGGCAUCCUAUGAGCCAAUAGCAACCACCCUCCGGUGGAAGCAAGAAGACAUUUCAGCCACUGUCAUUCAAAAGGCCUAUCGGAGCUAUAUGCAGCAUCGCUCCUUGGUACUCUCCAACUCCUCCUAUCCAACUCCUCCUAGGGUUGAGGAGGAGGCUGAGUCACUCCCAGAUGAAGGUUUUGUUGCAUUUAUGGCAAAUGAAAAUUAUGUGCUCCCAGAUAAAUCUGAAACUUCAUCUGCCACAUCUUUCCCACCAUCCUAUGACAGUGUCACUAGAGGCCUUAAUGACAGGGUCAACAUGAGCACAUCCAGCUCAGUGCAAAAUGAAGAUGAAGCCAUGAGUAAGGAGGCAACUGUCUCUGGACUCCAGUGAUGACAUACCAGCAUGGAUUUGCCCAGUUCUGCUGUGAUAUCUGUUCCUCAUGACAGAUGGAACCUAGCUACAAGCUCAUCAAUGCAUGCCGCUGGCCAUAAUGUCAGAACUGGGCAGAUAGUGUAGUUGGUACCCACUUUUGGAAAGAUCCCCAUGAAAAUGGCAUUCAGAAGCCAGGAAUGUGUCCUCUUUGACUUCCCUUCUGAAUUUGAAUAGCAGAUGCUGAGUUCUCUUACUUUCCAUAAAAUAUCACUGGUCCAUUUAUUUUGAUUAUGACCAGAGAUUUUAUCUACCAAGACAAAUUCUCAGGACCAGAACUUCCAAAAAUAUAUGGCAAGAACAUUGCUGAAAGCCUAAUGUGGUGUUCUUUGAAACACCAGACAGAGAUUGGUGAUAUUAUUUAGGAUUUUGCAUGAUUGCAUGCUGAGAGCUGCUGGACUUCUCCAGCUCACAGUAAUACCUGUGUUCUAUGUCAUGAAGCACCUUUGAGAUAUCCAUUAAAAUUAAUAUUUUU